AUGGACAGCCUCGAAUCGAUCCUCCUGCCCAGUGGCUCUCGCCUUCUUUCAGAGUCGUCCCUUGACGACCUGGGUUCAUCUUCAUCUCACUUACCGCAAACACCCACAAGGGGAGAAAAGUUGCAAAAUGACCUCUUCGUCCUAAGAAAGCUCAAUGGAACCUUUCGGUCAUACAAUGAAGCUUUGUCGGAAACAGAAUCAGGGACAGAGAGAGUAGCAGUACAGUUGGAGCAGACCAAUGCCCUGCUCGAUAAAUAUGUGGAUAUCCUCGCUGCGUCUGAGAAAAUCACACGACUGAUGUUUGACGAGAGAUGGAGAGGCGGGGAGGCGGAUGAAGCGAUCAUAGAGAACGAAGAACUGCAGAAACGAGAGAAACGACGGCAAGAAGAGGAGCGACAAGCAAUUUUGGCUAGACAAGAACAGGAACGCAAAGAGUUGGCGGAACAGGAACGGCUGAAGGAACAGACAAAGGAGCAAUCGGAUCGACAGAAGAAAGGCAAGUUGGAAUCUAAGAGCACCAGUGGCGUGAGGGGAGUGAGGGGAACGAGGGCAUCCAUUGCUGCGAGAGGCGUCUCAAGGGCGGCGACGCACGUUACUGUGUCAUCCAAUCUCUCCGCCCUCACCUUCGCCAGCCCUGACGAACUUCCUCACUACGCCCUUUCUAAGCCCGUCGGCAGACACGCCCACGUCCCCGUCAAGUCGCUCCGCGGAGUCUUCGACACCCCGCUCAAUGGUGUCUGGGAUGCUGUCGGUCCCCAGAUUCGUGACCUGAUCAAGGCUCGGAAGAUCAAAUGGUCGUCCAUCGACCUUGCUCGCUUCUUCACCCACGCACCGCUGGGAGAGGUGUCGAAGGGGUGUCCCGGUCCCGUCGUCAUAUGGGUCGGCGUCACUCCUGGUUCUACCUCCGCCGGUACCGCCCACGAGGUUUCCCAGGAGAUCCUUGCCCUUCUGCGGAAGAACAGAGUCGACGGUGUUGUUGUGGAAUGGCGCGAGGCGGUCCUGCAGAGGCUCGCAGGUCACCCCCUUAUGUGCCAUGUCGACAGCAGCAAUGCCACUCAUUAUGGCACUCUUACGCUCUGGUUCCACGAGAAAAAAGACAAGGACGGUAACCCCAGCAGCAAGGUGUACGGAGUUAGCAACUGCCACGUCCUGCGCAAGAAAACCACUGUCGAUUACGAGCACAGACUCUAUGCACCCAUGAACCGUGUUCAAGUUUGCGGAAUGCGCCGAUUCCAGCGUGGCCUCGACGAGAUCACGAAGGCCAUUGCUGAUCGCGGCAGUCUCACUGACCUUCGGGCCAGAGAACUUGUCAAACUGCAGGCAAAGGAGAGGCAGGAUACGGAGAACGCGAGAGCGAUCAAGGCAAAGCAAUGCCAAUUGGACGACGAGACCGAAGCUAUUGCCGAUCUGGAGGCCGUCUAUGACGGCAUCAUGAGAUACUGGUCCGACAUCAAAUUUCACCGCAACAUUGGGCACAUUCAAUAUGCUGCAGCCAUCUCGGUCGAUGUCGAAGGUGGCACACUACAUACCUCGGACUGGGAUGCAUUCUUGGCUACUGAGGCGAAGGUCAGGGAUGAGUUCGAGGGCAACGUCGUUGAUCUUGCCACGAAGGAGGACCUCGCCCAGCGCUGCCUUAUGGUCGGCAAAGACGGCAACACUACCGACCUCACCGUGGGACGCUACGCCGGCCUAGUCUCAUUCGCCAAGAACAAAGUCGGCAUCGAGUGCGUCGAACUCGGUGUUUACAACUCGGGCAACAAGACUGCCGAAGUCUUCUCCGCUAAAGGAGACUCAGGCUCCCUCGUCUGGCAUAUAAUGAACGGUAAAGCUCGCAUCGUUGGCCAACUCCACUCUGGACAAAACAAGGGUGGCUCGACAAGCAAUCAUGUUACAUACUGUACUCCUGGCUGGUACCUCCUGGGCCAGAUCAAGAAAAGGGUCAAGUACGCCGAUUUCUACAGCACCACCUGGUCAGCUUGA